AUGGUAGACGUUGAAGAGCCUGAGUUGGCCGACUCGCCAUAUGUGACUCUCAUAUCUUCAGAUGGACUGCAAUACGUGGUGAAAAGAGAGGCCGCGCUGGUGUCUGGAACACUACGCGGAAUGCUCAAUGUGGACUCGUCAUUUCAAGAGGCGGAAACCAAUAGGAUAAAGCUUCACGAAAUCGACUCUGUUUUGCUUGAAAAGGUGGUGGAGUAUCUUUACUACAAUCUCAAAUACAAGAAUGAGGUGGAUACACCUGAAUUUGAAAUUCCUACUGAGAUGUCGCUUGAGUUGCUAGUAGCUGCUGACUUUUUAGAUGUUUGA